ACAAAAUGGCGUCCGCGGCGGCGUCGCUUUGUUUCCGCGGCUCCUGCGGCGGCGGCAGCGGUAGCGGCCUUUGAGCUGCGGGGAGGAUCCAGCACCUGCUGCGGUGACUACUAAGAGUCCAGUACUUUUCGUUCGGGAUCGGGCGCUGGGGGACGAGGAACGGUACCCAAGGGUUGCCGAAGCCAAGCAGGCGUUCGAGCCAAAAACAUGACCGCUGAGCCCAUGAGUGAAAGCAAGUUGAAUACAUUGGUGCAGAAGCUUCAUGACUUCCUAGCACAUUCAUCAGAAGAAUCUGAGGAAACGUGUUCUUCUCCACGACUUGUAAUGAACCAAAGCACAGAUAAAAACAGUGGUUCUCUAAUUAACUCUGAUAUGAUGGAUAAUAACAAGGAAGAGGGAACUAGCACCUCAGAAAAAUCCAGAUCUUCAGGAUCUUCACGCUCUAAGAGGAAACCUUCAAUUGUGACAAAAUACGUAGAAUCUGAUGAUGAAAAACCCAUGGAUGAGAAUGUAAAUGAAAAAGCUGCUAAUGAGAAUUCAGAAAAUAUUACUAUGCAAAGCUUGCCAAAAGGUACAGUGAUUGUACAACCAGAGCCAGUGCUGAAUGAAGACAAAGAUGAUUUUAAAGGGCCUGAAUUUAGAAGCAGAAGUAAAAUGAAAACUGAAAAUCUCAAAAAACGCGGAGAAGAUGGACUUCAUGGGAUCGUGAGCUGCACAGCUUGUGGACAACAGGUCAACCAUUUUCAAAAAGAUUCCAUUUAUAGACACCCUUCACUGAAAGUCCUUAUUUGUAAGAACUGCUAUAAGUAUUAUAUGAGUGACGAUAUUAGCCGUGACUCAGAUGGAAUGGAUGAACAAUGUAGAUGGUGUGCAGAAGGUGGGAACUUGAUUUGUUGCGACUUCUGCCAUAAUGCCUUCUGUAAGAAAUGCAUCCUGCGCAACCUUGGUCGAAAGGAGUUGUCUACAAUACUUGAUGAAAACAAUCAAUGGUAUUGCUACAUUUGUCACCCCGAGCCCCUGUUGGACUUGGUUACUGCAUGUAACAGCGUGUUUGAGAAUUUGGAACAGUUGUUGCAACAAAAUAAGAAGAAGAUAAAGGUUGACAGUGAAAAGAGUAGUAAAGUAUGUGACCAAACAUCCAAGUUAUCUCCAAAGAAGAAUAGUUCCAGUUGUAAUGGAGAAGAAAAGAAAUUAGAUGUUUCGUGUUCUGCUUCUGUAACCUGCACUUACUCAGCACUAACUGUGCCCAAAGAAAUGAUUAAGAAGACAAAAAAACUGAUUGAGACUACAUCCAACAUGAACUCCAGUUACAUUAAGUUUCUGAAGCAGGCAGCGGAUAAUUCAGAAAUGAGUUCUGCUGUGAAGUUACGUCAGCUUAAGGCUUUUAAAUCUGUGUUGGCUGAUAUCAAGAAGGCUCAUCUUUCAUUGGAAGAAGAUUUGAAUUCAGAGAUCCAAGCUUUGGAUGCUGUACACAAAGAAAAAAAUACCAAAGAGCUUAAAAUCACAGAUGCAAAGUCCGAAACAAAAGUACGAAAGGGGGAGAAAUCCUGUACUGCAGAAAAGAAAGAUUUUUUAAAGUUAGAUGCUAGAUCAUCAAUAAAGGUGACAGACAGUGAGCACACCCCAGGAGAAGAGCACAAAGCAAAUAAAAGUGCUAGUGGUGAACAGAAGGGUUCGGGUAGGAAAGAUGGACCUCAGUAUGAACCUACUAACACUUCUGAAGACUUAGACAUGGAUAUUGUGUCUGUUCCUUCCUCAGUUCCUGAAGACAUUUUUGACAGCCUUGAGAAUGCUAUGGAAAUUCAGUGUUCAGCUGAUUAUCAAGGAGAUGGUAACAGUGGGACCGAGCCAGAACUGGAGAGCUCAUCUCUAAAACUUAACACUUCUUCAAAAGACAGCAGAGGAAAUAUUAAGUCCAAAAUGGCAGUCAGAGUAAGAAAAGAGUUAUAUGUUAAACUCACCCCUGUUUCCCUUUCUAAUUCCCCAAUUAAAGGUGCUGACUGUCAGGAAGUUUCACAAGAGAAGGAUGGCCGUAAAAGUUCUGGGGUGACCCCCAACUCAGAGAAACGUGGACUGGAAGAGGAAAAUAGUGAUAAUGAACAUUCAGUUGAAAAUGACGUUGCAUUACUUUUAGAAGAAUCUGAUCUUCGAAGGUCCCCACGUGUAAAAACUACACCGUUGAGGAGACAGACAGAAUCGAAUCGUGCAAUAUCAAAUUCAGAUGAAGAAAGCAAUGAAACUAUUAAAGAAAAACAAAAGCUGUCAGUUCCAGGAAGAAAAAAGGAUAAGCGAAAUUUUUCUGAUGGUGCUGCCGAGAACCCUAAAGCUCCUAAGUUUCCCCGAGCUAAGCAACCGGGGAUUGUGGAUCAGAAUUCAGAUUCCGAUGAAAUGCUAGCAGUCCUGAAAGAGAUAAGCCAGAUGAGUCACAGCUCUUCUUCAGACACUGACAUUAAUGAAAUACAGAUGAAUCAUAAAGUUGAAACAGGGAAAGAUGAUAAUGGAAAAAGGAAACGGAAGAACUCUACUUCUGGGUCAGAUUUUGACAUUAAAAAAGGAAAGUCAGCUGAAACCUCUAUUAUCUCUAAAAAGAAACGCCAAAACUACUCCGAGUCCUCUAACUAUGACUCAGAGGUAGAGAGAGAGAUAAAAACCAUGAGCAAAAUUGGGGCUGCCAGAGUAGCUAAAAAAAGUGUUUCAGAUAAAAAAGAACGUGACUUUUCUGAAGACGAGAAACAGAGCAAAAAAGUAGUGGGUAAUGAAGGGCAGGAAAGAGUGAGGACUGUAAGAGAGGGCUUGUCUGGUGCCACUGGGGAUGCUGAAGGCAAACAGGGAGAUAGUUCGUCUGCAGUGGAAGGUUCAGUUGAGAAAGGCAAGGGUACAGUGGGAUCCAGAGAGGUGCUUUGUAUGAGGCAGCAGCCAGGUGUUUCCUCCGAUGGUGCGGAAAGGCCUUCAGGAGGAGAGGAGGAUGUAAAUUCGGAUGACAGAAGAGUUUCUAAACCUAACAUAAAGAGUAAAUAUCUGAGAGCCAGACCAUGUAGAAAAGUACGGCGUGGUUCUUUGGACAUUACUGAUAGAUUUCCAAAGAAAGAACAGAGUGAGGAAUCUUCUGAAGGUGAGAAGAAGCAGAGCAGACAGGAAACUGGAGCGAGAGGAAAGAAAACUACAGACUUAAAGGAAGAAACAAUUAAGCCAGAGCAACAGUCUGAGUCUUCCUCUGAUGGGACUGAGAAAUUGCCUGAGGGAGAAGAAAUGGGCCAUUUUCCUCCAGGCCUAAAGCAAAUCAAGAAUGACAGCACUGAUGCAGAGAAGAAAGGCAGAAAACUGAAAGAGAAGUCGUCGAAAAAGAAGGAAGACGCAUCUGAUGGCGUGGAUAAGUUGCCAGGGAAAGGAGAUAGUUGUGACUCUUCAGAAGACAAAAGGAGCAGGAAUAGAGGGUCUCGGAGAGAGAAGAAGAAAUCCAGCUUGCCUGCAAAGAGAUCAGGGAAGAGGCCAGAGUGUUCAUCAUCGGAUACUGAGAAAUAUUCCUUGAAAGGAGAGUGUUGUGACUCUACUGAUAAGAGACCGAAAAGAACUGAAUUGAGAGAAAGAAGAAAUUUAAAUUCCAAGAGAAAUACCAAGGAAAUCCAGAGUGGUUCAUCUUCUUCUGAUGCUGAGGGAAGUUCAGAAGAUACUAAAAAGCGGAAGAAACAAAGAACUUCAGCGAAAAAGAAGACAGGCAAUGCCAAGGCAAAAAGAAGAAACUCCUUAAGAGCGAGUACCAAAAGGAAGCAAGCCGACAUGACCUCUUCAUCUUCUGAUGUAGGAGAUGACGAUCAGAAUUCUGCCGGCGAGGAGGAGAGCAGUGAUGAACAGAAAAUAAAGCCUGUGACUGAAAAUCUAGUGCUGCCUUCACACACUGGAUUUUGUCAAUCUUCAGGAGAUGAAGCCUUACCUAAAUCAGCGCCUGCCACAGUGGAUGAUGACGACGACGACAAUGAUCCUGAGAAUAGAAUUGCCAAGAAGAUGCUUUUAGAAGAAAUCAAAGCCAACCUUUCCUCUGAUGAGGAUGGGUCUUCAGAUGAUGAACCAGAAGGAGAAAGAAAAAGAAUUGGAAAACAAGGUGAAGAAACCCCAGGAGAUGAGGCCCCAAAUCAAGUCAAUUCUGAGUCAGAUUCAGAUUCUGAAGAAUCUAAGAAGCCAAGAUACAGACAUAGACUUUUGAGGUACAAACUGACUGAGAGUGAUGGAGAAUCUGGGGAAGAAAAAAAGACAAAGUCUAAAGAACACAAAGAAGCCAAAGGAAGAAAUAGAAGGAAGGUAAGCAGUGAGGAUUCAGAAGACACUGACUUUCAAGAGUCAGGAGUUAGUGAAGAAGUCAGUGAAUCUGAGGAUGAACAACGGCCUAGAACAAGGUCUGCAAAGAAAGCAGAAUUGGAAGAAAAUCAGCGGAGUUAUAAGCAGAAAAAGAAAAGACGACGGAUUAAGGUUCAAGAGGAUUCAUCCAGUGAAAAUAAGAGCCAUUCUGAAGAAGAAAGGAAGGAAGAUGAUGAUGAUGAGGAGGAGGAUGAGGAGGAAGAGGAUGAAAAUGAUGAUUCUAAGUCACCUGGAAAAGGCAGAAAGAAAAUUCGGAAGAUUCUUAAAGAUGAUAAACUAAGAACAGAAACCCAGAAUGCCCUUAAAGAAGAGGAAGAGAGACGAAAACGUAUUGCAGAGAGGGAACGUGAGAGAGAGAAAUUAAGAGAGGUGAUAGAAAUUGAGGAUGCUUCACCUACCAAGUGUCCAAUAACAACCAAAUUGGUUUUAGAUGAAGAUGAAGAAACCAAAGAACCUUUAGUGCAGGUUCAUAGAAACAUGGUUAUAAAAUUGAAACCCCACCAAGUAGAUGGUGUUCAGUUUAUGUGGGAUUGCUGUUGUGAGUCUGUAAAAAAGACAAAGAAAUCUCCAGGUUCAGGGUGUAUUCUUGCCCACUGCAUGGGCCUUGGUAAAACCUUGCAGGUGGUCAGUUUCCUUCAUACAGUUCUCUUGUGUGACAAAUUGGAUUUCAGUACGGCUUUAGUGGUUUGUCCUCUUAACACUGCUUUGAAUUGGAUGAAUGAAUUUGAGAAGUGGCAGGAGGGCUUAAAUGAUGAUGAAAAGCUUGAGGUCUCUGAAUUAGCAACCGUGAAACGUCCUCAGGAGAGAAGUUAUAUGUUACAGAGAUGGCAAGAAGAUGGUGGUGUUAUGAUCAUAGGAUAUGAAAUGUACAGAAAUCUUGCUCAAGGAAGGAAUGUGAAGAGUCGGAAACUUAAAGAAAUAUUUAAUAAAGCUUUAGUUGACCCAGGUCCUGAUUUUGUUGUUUGCGAUGAAGGCCAUAUUCUAAAAAAUGAAGCAUCUGCUGUUUCCAAAGCUAUGAACUCUAUACGAUCGAGGAGGAGGAUUAUUUUAACAGGAACGCCACUUCAGAAUAACCUAAUUGAGUAUCAUUGCAUGGUUAACUUUAUCAAGGAAAAUUUGCUUGGAUCCAUCAAGGAGUUCAGGAAUAGAUUUAUAAAUCCUAUCCAAAAUGGUCAGUGUGCAGAUUCUACCAUGGUAGACGUGAGAGUGAUGAAAAAACGUGCUCAUAUUCUCUAUGAGAUGUUAGCCGGAUGUGUUCAGAGGAAAGAUUAUACAGCAUUAACAAAGUUCUUGCCUCCAAAACAUGAAUAUGUACUAGCUGUGAGAAUGACUGCUAUUCAGUGCAAGCUCUAUCAGUACUACUUAGAUCACUUAACAGGCGUAGGCAAUAGCACUGAAGGUGGAAGAGGAAAGGCAGGUGCAAAGCUCUUUCAGGAUUUUCAGAUGCUAAGUAGAAUCUGGACUCAUCCUUGGUGUUUGCAGCUGGACUACAUUAGCAAAGAAAAUAAGGGUUAUUUUGAUGAAGAUAGUAUGGAUGAAUUUAUAGCUUCAGAUUCUGAUGAAACCUCCAUGAGCUUAAGCUCAGAUGAGUAUGCAAAAAAGAAGAAAACAAAGGGUAAAAAAGGGAAAAAGGAUAGUAGCUCAAGUGGAAGUGGUAGUGACAAUGAUGUGGAAGUCAUCAAAGUCUGGAAUUCAAGAUCUAGAGGAGGUGGAGAAGGAAAUGUGGAUGAAACAGGAAACACCCCUUCAGGUUCUAUGAAGCUAGAAGAAAGUAAAACUACUUCCACUUCUAACCCAAGUAGCCCAGCUCCAGAUUGGUACAAAGAUUUUGUUACAGAUGCUGAUGCUGAGGUUUUAGAGCAUUCUGGGAAAAUGGUACUUCUUUUUGAAAUUCUUCGAAUGGCAGAAGAAAUUGGGGAUAAAGUUCUUGUUUUUAGCCAGUCACUCAUAUCUCUGGACUUGAUUGAAGAUUUUCUUGAAUUGGCUAGUAGGGAGAAAACAGAAGACAAAGAUAAGCCUCUUAUUUAUAAAGGUGAAGGGAAGUGGCUCCGAAAUAUUGACUAUUAUCGUUUGGAUGGUUCUACGACUGCACAGUCAAGGAAGAAGUGGGCUGAAGAAUUUAAUGACGAAACCAAUGUGAGAGGGCGAUUGUUUAUCAUUUCCACCAAAGCAGGAUCUCUUGGAAUUAACCUGGUAGCUGCUAAUAGAGUAAUUAUAUUUGAUGCUUCCUGGAAUCCAUCUUAUGACAUCCAGAGUAUAUUCAGAGUUUAUCGCUUUGGACAAACUAAGCCUGUUUAUGUAUAUAGGUUCUUAGCUCAGGGAACCAUGGAAGAUAAGAUUUAUGAUCGACAGGUAACAAAGCAGUCACUAUCUUUCCGAGUUGUUGAUCAACAGCAGGUUGAACGUCAUUUUACCAUGAAUGAGCUUACUGAACUUUAUACUUUUGAGCCAGACUUACUAGAUGACCCUAAUUCAGAAAAGAAGAAGAAAAGGGAUACUCCCAUGCUGCCAAAGGAUACCAUACUUGCAGAACUUCUUCAGAUACAUAAAGAACACAUUGUAGGAUAUCACGAACAUGACUCACUUUUGGACCACAAAGAAGAAGAAGAGCUGACUGAAGAAGAAAGAAAAGCAGCUUGGGCCGAAUAUGAAGCAGAAAAGAAGGGACUGACCAUGCGUUUCAACAUACCGACUGGGACCAAUUUACCCCCUGUCACUUUCAGCUCUCAAACUCCUUAUAUUCCUUUUAAUUUGGGAGCCCUGUCAGCAAUGAGUAAUCAACAGCUGGAGGACCUUAUUAAUCAAGGAAGAGAAAAAGUUGUAGAAGCAACGAACAGUGUGACAGCAGUGAGGAUUCAGCCUCUUGAAGAUAUCAUUUCAACUGUGUGGAAAGAAAAUAUGAAUCUCUCUGAGGCCCAAGUACAAGCACUAGCAUUAAGUAGACAAGCCAGCCAGGAGCUUGACGUGAAACGCAGAGAAGCCAUCUACAAUGAUGUAUUGACAAAACAGCAGAUGUUAAUCAGCUGUGUUCAGCGAAUACUUAUGAACAGAAGGCUCCAGCAGCAGUACAAUCAGCAGCAACAGCAACAAAUGACUUAUCAGCAAGCAACACUGAGUCACCUCAUGAUGCCAAAGCCUCCAAAUUUAAUCAUGACUCCUUCUAACUACCAGCAGAUUGAUAUGAGAGGAAUGUAUCAGUCAGUGGCUGGUGGUAUGCAGCCACCACCCUUACAACGUGCACCGCCCCCAAUGAGAAGCAAAAAUCCAGGACCUUCCCCAGGGAAAUCAAUGUGAUUUUGCACUAAAAAUUUAAAGGAUUAUUAAAAUCAUAGAAAGAACUUUUAUUUUUUUAGGAAUCAAUGACUUAACAGAACUCAACUGUAUAAAUAGUUUGGACCCCUUAAAUGCCAAUCUUCCAUAUUAGUUUUAAAUUUUUUUAAAUAGGGCAUACCAUUUCUCUCUGACAUUUGUCAGUGAUAUUGCCUACAAUCUUCUUACACACAUUGAGUACAGAAGAUAUUUCAAAUUGUUUUCAGUGAAAACAAAUCCUUCCAUAACAGUAACAGCUCCACAGAUUUCCUCUCUAAAUUUUUAUGCCUGCUUUUAGCAACCAUAAAAUUGUCAUAAAAUUAACGAAUUUAGAAAUUAAUAAAGAUUUAUAUAUUCGCUCUUUACAUAUAAAAACA